ACCCGGAAGGGAGGCGGCCUAGCGCGUUCGGGUGCCUGCGGCAGCGCUGGCGAAGGGCGAUCGCCCGACUUCCCUCCCUAUUCGAACAUGCGGCUGCUCUCGCGAGCUCUCCGCGCGGCACAAUGCUGCCGGGCCGCCGCGCUGCCCCCUCGGAGCCUCCGAGCAGCGCCGGUCGGAAGCAGCGCGGCGGGCACAUGCCCGCCGCAGCCGCGCCGCGGCCUGAGCGCCCGGCCCAGCGUAGACGAGCUGUUCGCCGUCCCCUCCUUACGCCGCCUGCUGGAGGCGCGGGCACAGGGCGGGGACGGGGCGGGGACGGAGCUGGCGGCGCGGAUCCAGCGGCUGCGCGACAAGGAGCAGGAGCUGCGCGACACGCGGGAGCUGGCGCGGCAAGAUGAGAGCGAAGAUUUCCGGAAACUUGCAGAAAGGGAAAUCGCCUCCUGUGAAGAAGAGAUAGCUGAACUGAAACACCAGAUAGUGUUGCUUUUGAUUCCUUCAGAAGAAACAGAUGAGAGUGAUCUUGUCCUGGAAGUAACCGCUGGAGUUGGAGGGCAGGAAGCCAUGCUGUUCACCUCGGAGAUAUUUGAUAUGUAUCAACGAUAUGCUGCCUAUAAAAAGUGGAAAUUUGAAAUAUUAGAAUACUUUCCCAGUGAAAUAGGUGGCCUAAGACAUGCAGUUGCCAGUGUAGCAGGUCUUGAGGCUUACAAGUACAUGAAAUUUGAAGGUGGAGUGCAUCGUGUUCAGCGGGUGCCAAAGACAGAAAAACAAGGACGCAUUCAUACCAGCACAAUGACUGUUGCAAUAUUACCCCAACCAACUGAGAUGAGGCUGCAAAUUAAUCCAAAAGAUCUACGGAUAGAAACAAAGCGAGCUAGUGGAGCUGGAGGCCAGCACGUCAAUACCACAGACAGUGCUGUACGGAUAGUUCACAUUCCCACAGGGAUCGUGUCUGAAUGUCAGCAAGAAAGAUCUCAAAUUAGAAACAAAGAGAAGGCUAUGCAAAUGCUAUGUGCUAAACUAUACAACGCCAAACUGGAAGAAGAAACCAAAAAGAGAAACAGUGUUCGAAAGAUUCAAAUUGGUACUAAAGGAAGAUCAGAGAAGAUCAGAACAUACAACUUUCCACAGGACCGGAUUACUGACCACAGGAUAAGCAGAUCAGUGCAUCAUAUUGAGUGUUUCAUGCUAGGGGAAGAAAUGCUAGAUGAAAUGAUACAAACUCUGAGAGAAUAUGCUGAUUAUGAAUCUUUAAUGGAAGUGAUUUCAGAAAAUGAAAAAAAGAAUCUGUCCUGAACGUUGCUCUUUGUCAGCCCAUUACAACAGAUGUAGACAUUUGUCUGCAAAGGAGCUUCUCUGACCACCACCCAGAAAAUGCAACUGCUUUUCAGAUCAUGAAAGACACCACAACUUGUUUCCUCAUGACUGAUAAACAGUUUUCUUACUUGCUGAGUAAAAGACUUUAUUACCUUUUUAUGAGACACUAUUGCUGCAGCAGUCCACUUAAAAAGUAAAUUUGACUGGGCAAGAAGUAACUGCAGUCUCUAACUUUCUCCACUGAGAAGAUACUGAUACACCACUCUCAAAAGGUACGCAUUAAAAAAUGAGCUAUUUCUAGUUCCAGUUUUCAUUUAAACAAUAGUUUAAAUGUGAGUACAGUGUCAAGUAGCUUGCUUCAGAGAAAAAAAUCCUAUUUUGUUUGAGUGAUUGGAAGAUAGUGAUAAAUAAAUGACCCCACUACUAAUCUGCAUAUUUGUUAAUCACUUACACAUGGCAUGGAAGAAGGAGUCAAAAUGUCUCCUUCAUGUUUUCCUGGCCUUCUGGACCUUAUUAGUAAGCAGAAAAAAUUGUUUAAGAAUAUCCCUUGUUCCAAAAGAAACGCUGAGGAAGCCAAGUGACAAGUUAUGUGAAUUGUUUUUGAAAAGAAUGUUUCUGUUCUUGAGUCAAAAGUGAAAAGAAUCAUUACAGUAUUGUUUGGCUGAUAUUUCAGUCUCCAUUUAGCUUCAGUUCAGUUUCUCCUUUAUGUUUUUAAUUGGCUCUCCAGUUUAUUGAUUUUCUAAAGGUUACGUAGUAUGAACAGCAUCUUACUGGUUUCGUCUGUUUAUUUACCAGCAUUUUAAAACAUUUGAUCUGUGAAAGCAAAGUAAAACUUUUGCCUUUCUAAUCUAUUGAUAUAUGUGCACGUUUGUAUCUGUGGGUAAAGACUUUUAACCUUUAUUUUAGACUACAUUUUGCAAUCCCAAAUACAUACAGCAAUACAAAACCUGCAGCUUCCAUGCCGUGUUAUCCUGUCAUGCAUUGUACCUAUGUAUGUGUGUAUACACACACAGAAUGUAUUUGAAAUAUAAAUUCCGGUAAAUAAGAAAUUGGAACCUAAGGAAAAAUGUUAGCAUAAAUAUAGGGGUGUUCACUUUCAGACUUCUAAUUAAAACUAGUGUAAGAAAU